GAGAGGGAGAGAGGGAGAGAGAUGCCAUCCAAAUUACCUACAGAAACAACCAGCAGAGCUUCUCUCCUGGACUGCAAGGGCACAAAGGGUCUUACUUCACUCCUACAACAUUUCUGCUUUCUUCCAGAACAGAAAUGUGCACCAACAGCAGAGAUUCUCUCCAUCGGUAACUGGUAUACCCGGACCUUCCACAGCCAGAUACAACAGAUAUAACGCUUUUAGGCUGGCUCCAGAAGACUCAGACUGUGUUUGACUACCACCCUUUUGCAUAAAUAUUUUGGGAUUCAAGAUGAAUAAGACAAGGGCUGUUAAUGAUGUUUUUCAUUUCCUGAUCAGCAAGAACUGGAGCUCAAGCCGAAGCUUUCCUAUGAACAUUUCUAAUCAGUGCAUGAACAUCACUGACCUUACUGUCUUUCUGGCCACCUCCUACAGCUUGGAGACUGUUCUGGGCAUUGUGGGAAACAUCUGUCUGAUUGCUGUCAUUGCCAGGCAGAAGGAAAAGGCAAAUGUCACCAAUAUCCUAAUUUCCAACUUAAUAAUUUCAGACUUGUUUAUGUGUCUUGUCUGCCUGCCUUUCACUGUUGUUUACACUAUGAUGGACUACUGGAUAUUUGGAGAAGUCAUGUGCAAAAUGACCUCUUUCACUCAGUGCACAACUGUGACAGUGUCAAUCCUUUCCCUUGUCCUUAUUGCUCUGGAAAGACACCAGCUCAUCAUAAACCCAACUGGCUGGAGGCCAAAUACCUCCCAAGCCUACCUAGGAAUUGGAGUGAUUUGGACUUUAGCAUGUCUCAUGUCCCUACCCUUUUUGACCACAUCCAUCUUGUCUAAUGAGUUGUAUGAGCAGCUCUCACACUUCAUGAAUUUUUCCACUGAUAAGGCAAUAUGUAUCAACUCGUGGCCUUCUGAGCAGCACAAGCUUAUCUACACUACUGCUUUACUGCUCUUGCAAUAUUGCAUCCCUCUGUUCUUCAUUAUCCUUUGCUACCUGCGAAUCUACUUACGCCUGCAGAAGAGAAAGGACAUGUUUGAGAAGAGUGAGUACAGCAACCGAGCGGGCCAGCUGAGAAGGAUAAACAUCUUGCUAGCAUCCAUGGUUGCUGCUUUUGCUGUUUGCUGGCUACCACUGCAUGUUUUCAACACCAUCGUGGACUGGAAUUACAAAAUCAUUUCGCCUUGCCACCACAACCUGAUCUUCUCAUUGUGCCACCUGGUAGCUAUGGCUUCUACCUGUGUCAACCCUGUUAUCUAUGGUUUCCUAAACAGCAACUUCAAAAAAGAAGUGAAGUCACUGAUUCUAAGCUGCCAGCAUAAUUCAGUAACUGCCUCAAUGGAAGAAUAUGACCAUUUGCCUUUAUCCACCAUGCAGACUGAAAUUUCCAAGGGGUCACUGAUGUUGAACUGCAGGCACAAUUCUAUCUAAUGAGCAGAAAACAUUUCAGAAGGGUGCACUGACACCACAAACCAAUUAUUACCUGUGGGUAUAUAAAGCAACUGGUGAUGCCACAGCUGGGAUGUGAACAGGAAGCCAUCACUACGUGACUCUUGGAAGAACAAGCAAAGUAAUGUUGUAAAUGUUCACAGUUGCUGCUGUGGUGCACAAGCUUUUGGUAUCACUGAAGUGGUAUGGAUGCUGAGGAGACUGGGCUGAUGUAAAGCAGCUGCUCUGAGAUCAGUGACUAAGCUGUGGCUGCACAGAGGCUGACAUGGAUUCCUCAGCAAAACUCGUAUCUCUGCCAUGGCUGCAGCAGAAAACCAGAUUUCCAGUUUCAUCACUGCAGGCUGCCAGAAGUUGUGUUGGAUAAGACUCUCUCAGUUUUCCAGUAUUAGUAAGAUUUUUAUGCACAGCUGACUUACCAGUGGAACAGAGAUAUGUAAAUAUGAUUUUUUUUACCACCUCUCACAGCCCAUUAAGUAACAGCAAUCUUUCAGAUCUUCACAUUAAACAACUGCCUGUUUCUAUGAAACUUCACUCUCUGCCAUAGGCUUGAGAAUAGUCAUUGCCUCUGCAAGUAGGGACAAGGAACAAUGACCCUGGUAUGUAAAGAAGACAGUCACUUGUGAAGGAUGGCAGCAAAUGAAGAUGUUAUUCCAUGGAUUAAACUCAAAGUGCAUUGAGAUGAUACUGAGAACUGUUUUUAAGCACAUGAAGAACUACAUGGAAAUGAGUCCGUUCCUGCUGCUGUCAAUCACCAAGCUCUGCAAUGCUACAGCUUCAUGCCAUGAUGGUACAAGAUGGCCAGAUUACAGGAGUUGUUCCAGGACUUGGUAGCAACAUGACAUUCUGCUUCAGCAUCUUCUUGGUACUUGAAUAGCAAAGUAUCUAAUUCGGAAUGAGCAUGAAAACCUGUUUGUGGAAAUCAUGUGUUUCCGGAGUGGCUACACUUCCAAGGAAAUAAACAUAUGCAUGGAGAAUUUGAGUUUUCCUAAAAAACUAAACCUGAUGUCAGAUAUCAGUCCACUCACUGGCAUCAGCAGCACAGGUGAGGCUGAAAUUCCAACUAAUCAAUAGAAGGUCAAUGAAAAUACAUGGGUGGAACCCAGGUCAGGCUGAAGCCAAGCCACAAAGGUAGUAGUGUCAAUUGCUCUAGUAAAAUGAAGGUCGUAUUUUUUUCACAACUCUGUUAUUUGUAGCCUUCAUUCAUGAAACCUUCAACCUAUAAACUGUUUUUAACCUCUGGAGCCAGAGAAAUUGCUCAGUGACUACUGAGAAACCAAGGCAUGCCCAUGAAGGCCAUACUGAGGUACAGAUUUUAAAAAAACCCAAAACAGGUAGCAAGUGCAAAAAGGAGACCAACCAGUUCAAUGCUAAUGAAAUAUUGAAGCAUAUUCUGUCCUGAUUUGCUAAACUAACCUCAGCAGAAGAUGGGACUGGGUGGUCAGCUGAGGUAAUUUCCAACAUGAAAUGUGCUUUGAUAAGCAGUGAUUCCUUGUUGCAGUCAAUAGGUUUGCAUGGAGCUGAAGAUAUCCAGCGUAUAGUUCUGCAAGCAACUAGAAAUUCCUUAGCUGGCAGAUCUCUAAUCAGACAAAUUGGUAUAAAGACAGGUGAGGAAAAGUCUUCUUCCCAUGCUGUGAACUGACAGGAAUAUGGAUGCUGAGCAGAGUUUCUGAGGACAAGAACUAACCCCUGUGUUCUAAGGCAGCAAGAGCUAUCAUAUCUUCAGCUGGCAGAAAUAAAAGUUAACUCCUUGCCAUGAGCUGGGUGCACAGAUUUCAGUGGUAAAACCUGAAUCUGGGCCUUGAAUUCCUGUGUGCAGAAUCUUAAAUUUUAUGGCAGAAGCUUUUUUGAUGCAGCUACCCUUGUAAUUCUGGCCAGAACCUGUGUAUCUUAGUAAGAGACUUGGUGUGUGAUUACCUUCUGUAUCUUCUUCAACUAUGUGGCAAGAUAUCUUUGCUUUUUUCAAAUGGAUUCCAGCUUUCUUUUAUUUUCUUUGUUACUUGCUUUGCUGAGAAGUCGUUUGUCUUGAUUAGUUUACACGCAAUGUGAUUUCUAGACUGGACAUUGAGUCUACUAAAAACACAGAACAAGAGGACUCUUUUAUUAGCUGCAUCUUGAAAUCUGCUGCUGUAGCCAAAACCACCAUGGGAUGCUGAGUAGCACAAAAUACAGCAGCUCCUUCAAAUCAGUGUGAGUUGUAUCAAAACUGUGCUGUAUUACUUCAGGGCUUAAAUACUCUUUCAACUUUGUAAUUGUUUUGCAUUUAGAAUCAAUUUAAGUAAUUGAGUAAUUCUGCUGUUUUUCACACUUGUUAGAAUUCCAGCAUUUCGCUAGCUAAGGUGUCUGUAAAGCUAUUGUAAGACUACUCUGCUAAACACAAACACAGAAAAUUACCUGAUACAUGGUCUUAGGUAUAUAACUUUUCAAGCACCAGUGUCUUAAAUGGAAACACAAUUACCUUUACCAUUUGCACUUCCAUGAACCUGUCUUUGUCACUUGCUCUUAAGUGAAAACUUUUGGUAAAGUGCUUACAGUUUGGCACCAGAGCUGUGCACUGGCAUUGUGCAUCAGAUCUGAGCUCCUCCUGCAAAGGGUAGAAAUAUGAGCGAGAUCUGACCCUGUUUAACUGUAAUUCACGUGGCCAUUUGUUUCCAUGAACACAAGUAGAUACAUAAAGCAAGCAGAUCCGACUUUACAAUAACACAGACAAACACGUACGGAUGUUAUCUUCCUCUCGUGAUUAAGGAAAGUGUCAAGUUUGGAGUCAACUACUGUUUAUUGCUAACUGACUUUGGAGGGGAUAAACUACCGGAUUUGAACACUAAAAGCUACCAAAUGGCACCCAUACAUCUAACUGCAAAAAUGCAGAUCCUCAGAACUCCCAACCAGCUGCAGUCUAUCCAUCUGCUUACUAUCCUGAGAUACAUGUUUUUCAACCUCUAAAAUUUCCUAAGUAACUAAGACUUCUUUAAAGAAAACACAGAAAAAUAAAUAGAUCUAGGUACCAAAGGACUGAAUAUGUAGAGGAAAGGUGCCUGAACCAAUUCUUCAUUCUGUACAUACACCGAGGCUUAUGCUGCUCUGCACAAAUGCAGUAGAGGAUGAUACCCUGUUAGUUUUUUAAGAACUUCUGGAGCAACUGUUCCCUGUUCCCUCUGAAGGCAAAGUCACAAGGCUGGGUGAAAUUAUGCCUGCAUAAUUGAAAGAGCCAUUUUAUUUGUCACUUUGAGGCUUUAUGCAGCCAAGGGAGGCUGGGUUUCUUUGGUCCCAGCAGAAGGUAACAGAACAGAAAUAGCUUACAUACCUCUCAUCCAUCUGUAAAUAACAGAUACUGUUAAUGUGUAAAAAGCAUUGAGCAUUUUUGUGUUCAUUGUAUACAGUGAUGGUUUUGAGUAUGCUCUUUAAAGUUCUGCUACUGGGUCACAAAAGCAAUGAUGGAGAAAUAGGCAGGAGUUGUGCAAAUCAUGAGUUCCUACAAUUUUAAAACCAUACACUGCCUUUUUAAAAAAAGUUUUUCAUAAUCUUGUCUCUUGUGACACAUUAUAAGAAGACAGUAAGGUUUUCAGAGCAAGAGAACAACUUAUUCUAUGAUAUAAAUAGCACACAACAGGGAAUCUUACAAUAACAAAUAAAGUAAUAUUGUCUGUGUCACUUCUCUGUGCCUGCUUCUGUAAAAUGAUGUAAUACUCUUUUUAGUAUAAAAUACUUAAGAUUUAGUCCUCAGCUAGUGUUUAUCAAGAGAAAACAAGUGUAUGGUGUAAUAAGGGCCACUGAUGUGUGAAAGAUUAAUAAUUUGACACAUUAUUCCAAAGGACAAUGGUGCCGUGCAGCCAACAAUGAAGGACAGGCAAGUACCAAAAAUUCAACAUGGAACAUUGGAAUAUUCUGAUGCCAGAACUCAAAUCAUCUUCACAGAGUUUUCAGAUUGCACAAGAAGCUGGGUCCUCUAUGGCACAGUGUCCUGAACGCCAACCAGAACCACAGCCAGAAAGUAACUGACACUGCUGGGAUGAAAACCAAUGUGGAAUAUUUAACAAAAUUUUACUGAGCUUCAUAAAAUGAUUUGACUGGGUUAAAAGUAUUGGUAAUUUUCUCUGACCGGGUUACCUGGCUUGACAGAAAGUAAACCAAGGUACUAGAAAUGACUGCAGAUUGUGCUGUAACCAGCUUGGUUUGUUACACUUGCACACACAAGGGAAGAGUGCAAUAGCAGUGUCUGCCUGCCUGCACUGGUGGUGUGAGCCUGAGCUGCCACAGGGGCUGACAGCAAUGCUGUGACAGCCAUCAGUCACAUCUGCAUCAUAAAAACCUUACUCUGGGUUUGCUGUGUGCAAACACAGCGUGCACACACAUCUGAGGACUGACACUGGGUGAGAGACUAUUGUGAAAUAAGAUGCCAUACCCUGAGGAUCACUUC